AUGGUGUCAAUGGGAAUUAGAUUGACAUUUAGUAAUGAUGAAUUGUUUGAAAAUUGUGAAAUUUCAUUGUUAAUUGGUCAGGGUUUUUAUUGGUCUUUAACAAAACAAAUUAAAAGAUUGGAUUUCUCACUGGUUGCUAUUGAUACCAGUCUUGGUUGGUCUCUUCAGGGUAAAUGUGAUGAGCAUAGUGUUUGUAAUAGAGAUGAAGAGGUGCUUAGUGAGUUUGAUAAUUCAGUUAGUUUUGUAGAUGGUAGAUACCGUGUAAGCUUGCCUUGGAGACCAGGUAUGAGAGAAGUUUUGAAAAAUAAUGAAAAUAUUGCUCGUAAGCGUUUUGAAAGGUUAUGUUGUAGGUUUGGGAUGGAUCCAGAGUUGCAUUGUGAAUAUAGGAAUGUAAUCGAUGGUUACAUUAAGGGAGGUAUAGUUGAGCAUACUUCAUGUGAUUCUUUGAGGGAUAGUAAGGGAUUUUUUCUGCCCCAUCAUGCAGUGAUACGCAAUGACAAAUCUACCAGUAGACUGCGUAUUGUGUUUGAUGGAUCUAGUCAUGAAGAUGGGUAUGCCUCGUUAAAUCAAAGCUUAUUUACUGGUCCAAACUUACAUUUUGAUAUUCUGGAACUUCUACGUUUUCGGGAAAAUCCUAUAGCGUUUACAGCUGAUGUAAAAUCUGCAUUUCUUCAAAUUGAACUUGAUAUUCCUGAUAGAAACUUUAUUCGUUUUUACUGGGCAGAUAGCUUGAAUGGUAAUCCCUACAUUUUGAAUUUUGCCAGAGUUCUAUUUGGCCUUAGGCCUAGUCCAUACCUUCUUGCAGCGACUUUGAAACAUCAUUUUAGAAAAUACAAGGAACAGUUUCCAGAGACAUUUGAGUUAUUAAAUAGCUCGGUAUACGUCGAUGAUCUCAUUUUGGGACAAAAUAAUAUUGAAGACGCUUUAAGUACUUCCAAGGAGUGCUAG